GCGUGACAAUGCUAAAGGCCCGCCCUCUGCUUUCGUGCACUGCGAAGUAGUUGCCGUGCGUGAAACAACUCCGCCAGGGACGAACGUUUUCACAAGUGAACUUGACGCUUUUUGGAUUCAUCAAUGAGCUCGUCCAGGCACUUGUAGCUGUUUGGAGUGAAGACCGGACUGGGAGACCGCUACCAGGAAAACGACCCGUUUUUUCUUCCAGUCGGGAUUCAACAUGAAAUUCUGGAUUUGUGUACUUGCUGUCAGCUGGGCAGUUGAAGCGACACACGGGGGGACCAGCCAGGAGCCCUGUAAUGGGCUGGACUGUAGUGGAGGAUGUAACUGUAACCCAGAGAAAGGUGGCAGGGGGCGUCCAGGUGCAUUGGGGCCAGUAGGACCCGGUGGACCAGAGGGGUUCCCAGGCGACCAAGGCCCUUUAGGGCAAAAAGGAGAGAAGGGCCACUUCGGACGCAUGGGCCCCUCUGGGCUGAAAGGAGACAAGGGGCCCAUGGGCGUACCAGGGUUCCCAGGAAACGACGGAGUCCCAGGUCACCCAGGUCAGGACGGUGGCAGGGGUCUACCAGGGUUUGAUGGAUGUAACGGUACCCAGGGAGACCCAGGUCCCAGAGCUGUAGAUGGAGGAAUACCUGGAGCUUCAGGACUCCCUGGGCCUACGGGUCCUAAAGGGCAGAAGGGAGAACCUGUAUAUGUUGGAACCAGAGGGGGAGCUCCUGGUUUACCUGGACUGGACGGUGUACCUGGUCCUAGAGGCCCGAAUGGAAGGCCUGGUGACAUCGGCCCCAGUGGUCCUGAUGGAUUCCUUGGUAAUCCAGGUCCCCCCGGUCCCCCUGGUCCUGUAGGGAGCCCCAGCCUCGGCUUCCGGGGGGAACCAGGAGCUAAGGGCAACACGGGGCCACCCGGACCUCGAGGCGUGCCCGGCGACGAGCCGCUAGUAGGCUCAUCUAUUACCACCAUCUACAAAGGAGAUAAGGGGGAAGGGGGUUACAAAGGAGUGAGUGGACCAUCUGGUAGACCCGGCCCACCUGGUCCUUUUGGCUAUCCUGGCGAGAAGGGAGAGAAUGGAAUUCUGGGGUAUCCAGGGGGACGGGGUCCUCCUGGUUUUAAUGGACCUCCCGGAUCUCCAGGAAGACCAGGAUUCUCAGGCAGUCCAGGGUUCCCCGGGCAACCAGGCUACAGUGGACCUAAGGGUGACCAGGGGGAACAGGGGCCUCCCGGGCCCCCCAUCUACGCAGACACACAAGGGUUGGCUGUUCAAGGAGCACCAGGUGACAAUGGUAUCGACGGCUUCCCCGGCCAACCUGGUGACACUGGAUCUCCAGGGUUUCCAGGACAACCAGGACGACCAGGCGACUCCUUCGGCGAUGGUCGAGGAGGCAGCCCAGGGUUCCCUGGCACCUUAGGACCUAAGGGAGAGAGGGGUAACCCCGGCAGACAGAGCUACGGCCCUGAGGGCCUACCAGGAGGACCAGGAUUACCAGGACCCCCCGGACCUCCCGGACCACCAGGCAGAUCUGUCAACAACCAGCCCGGCAGGUUUGACAAUCUACCAGGAGCACCAGGACGACCAGGAGGCCAAGGACCACCUGGAGCCAGCGGAUACAAAGGACCCAAAGGGGAACUGGGUGACUGUAACUGCCUGGGAGGAGGCACCGCGGGUGGGGUGGGGGCCCCGGGGGCUCCUGGGUCUGAUGGAAGACCUGGUGCCUUCGGCAGGAAGGGCGAAAGCGGAGACCCAGGCACACCCGGUUUCGGAGGACAACCAGGAACACCUGGCCGUGUGGGCGAGAGGGGUUUCUUCGGGCGUAAAGGAGAAAAGGGUGCCUCCUUCUAUCCCUCGUUCAGCGGAGGGAUCCAGGGUGAACAGGGGGCCCAGGGCCUUCGAGGGCCCCCUGGAAACAUGGGCCGACCCGGGAGAGACGGACUUCCUGGGUCCCCCGGACAGCCUGGACCUCCUGCUGAUGUUGAUGGCUAUGGAACCAUUGGAGAGAGAGGAUUCCCAGGGUUCUCAGGCGCCAAAGGUCGCGCCGGUGAACCUGGAGAGAACGGGAUUGGCUACCAGGGUUCCAUCGGCUCCCGUGGGUUUCCAGGCGACUCGGGCUUUGCGGGGUUACCAGGGCAACCUGGUUUACCUGGCCCUCCAGGGCUGACGCUACCAUGUCGUCUACCUGGUGAGGAUGGAAUCCCAGGCCUUUCCGGAAUACCUGGAAGACUAGGUCCCAAGGGCGAGCCAGGUUUCCCAGGUGGUCCCGGUCGGCCCGGUUUUGACGGAGGGAAGGGAGAGAGAGGAGACCCAGGUUACGGGGGCCAGCCUGGGCCACAAGGUUUCCCUGGCCCCAGAGGAGAUGCGGGUGGCCCAGGUAUCCCAGGCGAGGGUCGUCCAGGGGCCCCAGGGAAGAACGGGCUCCCGGGGCGGCCAGGGGGGAAGGGCCGGCCGGGGGAGGUGCUGGGGUCCUCAACAGGGCUCCCUGGAACACCUGGGUUCCCAGGAGGACCAGGAGACAAGGGAGAGCCAGGAGCAUCAGGACUUCCCGGAGGAUCAGGUUUUGAUGGUCGGUCGGGCAUUCCCGGAGCUAAGGGUGAGCGCGGUACGGAUGGCUACCCCGGAACUCUAGGUCUUCCCGGACUUCCUGGAGACAGAGGCAAUGGAUUUCCCGGUCCUGCUGGACCAGCCGGAAGCAAAGGAUUUCCCGGUACUCCAGGCUACCCCGGUUUAAAAGGAGCCAGAGGUGACACAGGCUUCCCAGGCCCAACUGGGAGGAAGGGACAACCAGGACAACCAGGAGGGGAUGGAUCAUCAGGACUCAGGGGCCUUCUGGGACCACCGGGCCCCGGGGGAAGAAACGGCAUCCCUGGGAGACCAGGAAGGAAGGGCGAGAGCGGUUACCCUGGACUGGUAGGUUUCCCCGGAAUGCCUGGUAACCCUGGAAGACCUGGUGGACCAGGAGGUAAAGGAGCUCCGGGGUUCUCAGGAAAAGAUGGCCUGCCCGGUGACUUCGGAGCGCCAGGACCUAAAGGUGACCAAGGUUACCGUGGUCUCCCUGGCCCACCCGCUCUGCCCCCCAGGGUAGAUUACCUGGAGAAGGGACAGAGGGGCGACAACGGUGCCAACGGACUACCUGGUUUCCCUGGACCUAGAGGUGACAAGGGUUUCCCGGGCCAGCCUGGUCGUCAGGGUUUGCCCGGGCUGCCUGGUUAUGCUGACAGGGCUAAAGGGGAACCAGGACUCCCCGGUCUCCCCGGACGCCCAGCCGGGCCAGGCUACCCAGGCCCUAUUGGAUCUCCCGGUAUCAUCGGCUUCCCUGGCAUGCCUGGACCAAGGGGUGACGAUGGCAGUUCUGGUUUCCCUGGUAACCCUGGAGUCCCUGGUCAGCCAGGAUCUAAAGGGGAGAGAGGUGACUCAUCCGGCUACCCCGGAAGUCCCGGAGCUAAAGGUGAGUCCGGAACCCCCGGUUACCCAGGUGGCCAAGGUGCUAAUGGCGCCCCCGGCGACAACGGUUUCCCAGGGGGCCCUGGGUUCAGCGGACAGAAGGGAGAAGCGGGAGUUCCUGGAAGACCCGGACUCUUGGGUACCCCUGGUUUCACUGGGGCUAAGGGUCUGAACGGAUACCCAGGAGGAAGAGGUCUUGACGGGACGACUGGCCGCCCCGGCUCCCCUGGAUCAUCUGGAGAAAAAGGUCUGUCGGGAUCUCCUGGUCUUCAUGGACUCAACGGACUGGCUGGACCGAACGGUCUACCAGGAACCCCGGGUUAUAGUGAGGAGGGGCGCCCCGGCACCCCUGGAGCGGCCGGUUUGAAGGGAGAGAGGGGAUCCUCCAUCCCAGGACCCCCGGGAUACAACGCGGAGAAGGGAGCGAGAGGAGAGUCAGGGGGUCCUGGUAUGACAGGCUUCCCAGGUCUGCCUGGUCGUCGUGGGGAGACAAUCGGCUCCAAUAUCCCUGGACCUCUGGGAGACCCAGGCCUGCCCGGACUCGAUGGAGGAGAAGGUUACGGGGGUCCUCCAGGCCCCCCAGGCCCACCGGGGCCCAGUACGGCCCAGGGAGACAGGGGUGACGCAGGGCUACCUGGCUUCCCCGGCACCCCUGGGAGACGUGGAGACCCUGGAGGUCCCGGUGGCCCAGGAAGGGAAGGCAGCCCUGGGUUCAAUGGAGAGAGAGGCGACUCUGGGUACAGUGGAGUGUCAGGAACCAAAGGCUACCCUGGAGAUCCAGGAUAUUACGGAGGGAAAGGACCCAAAGGAAGGAAAGGUUCUUCUGGUCGUAAGGGGCCCCCAGGUAUAACUUUACCCCCCUCGAACUUCCAGACUCCCUAUGGAGACUUGGGAGGCCCUGGGCUCAACGGAGCUCCAGGGGCCAUGGGAGAACCAGGCAAUCCCGGCAUUCCAGGCAGAGGGGGUCCUAAAGGCAGGCCCGGUGCGGUGGGGAAGCUAGGGAGGAACGGAGGGUCAGGUCUGGAUGGACCUCUGGGAGACCCUGGUUCUCCUGGAUUCCCUGGGCCUUCCGGAUCACAAGGUCUGCCUGGUAAGCCUGGUCUGCAGGGUCCCCCUGGCAGUGUGGCCCGCAGCAGGAGUGUUGGUUUCACCCUGGUGAAACACAGUCAGAACAACCAGGUACCCAUGUGUCCCCAGGGCAUGUCCCGGCUCUGGGAGGGAUACAGUCUGCUGUACGUAGAGGGGCAGGAGAAGGCACACAACCAGGACCUCGGUAUGGCGGGCUCCUGCCUCCCCCGUUUCAGCACUGUCCCCUUCCUCUACUGCACGCCCAACGAGAUCUGUUACUACGCCAGCCGCAACGACAAGUCCUAUUGGCUGUCCACCACUGCGCCCAUCCCCAUGAUGCCGGUGGGAGAGGAGGCCAUCAGCCAGUACAUCAGCAGGUGCUCUGUGUGCGAGGCCAUGUCCCAGGCUGUGGCCGUCCACUCCCAGGACCUCACCAUCCCCACCUGCCCUGCUGGCUGGAGGUCCCUCUGGAUCGGGUACUCCUUCCUCAUGCACACAGCUGCCGGGGCAGAGGGCGGAGGCCAGUCCCUUGUUUCACCCGGCUCCUGUCUGGAAGACUUCCGUGCAACUCCCUUCAUCGAGUGUAACGGGGCUAAGGGCACCUGCCACUUCUUUGCCAACAAGUACAGCUUCUGGCUGACCACGGUGGAGCCUAACCGCGAGUUCAACCCCCCUCCGAUGGACACGCUGAAGGGAGGCAACCAACUCAGCAGAGUCAGUCGCUGUCAGGUCUGCAGUAAGAUCUUGUAGCCGGGAGAAGAGUCGAAGAUAGAGAGAUAGAGAGAUAGAGAGAUAGAGAGAUAGAGAGAAGAAAUGGAAAACACAGAGACUGAAACAACAAAAGAGAGGGUGAUGAUUACUUCUCAGAAAGAAAAAGAGAGAGGAGGUAAAAAAAAUUUAAAAACAUUCCCCCUUAAAAAAAAAUGAUUGACCAGAUGACUGACUGAAUUUAAGCACCGUCCCCUGUUGUCUCGAUCUUUCUGCCUCCCCCCCGCCCUGUCUCUCUCUUUCUGCCCCCCCCCCCCCCAGAGGGAGGGAGGGAUGGAGAGAUGUGGGGUCUAGGUUUUGAUUGCUCUGCACUAGGAUAUCACUGACAGUGUUGCUAAUAUGUGUCUUUAUGUGGGUGUUUUCUCGUUACUAUGGCUACGUGGUCUGAAAACAUUCACGGCUACCUAGUGCAACUGCAAACCAACCCUUCGGACCACACUGAACCGUUUCCCCUUCCUGGUUACGUCCCAAAUGCCCCCCUAUUCCCUAUAUAGUACACUACUUAUGGCUUGGGCUCCAUAGGCCUCUGGUCACAAGUAGUGAACAAUACAGGGUUCCAUUGGGACAGAUCUCUACCAUAACAACUACAGUCAUAAACCUGAGAGACCUGCUAUACUGUACAUACCUAUUUACUGCUAGCCAACCACUUUAACACACACACACCAUUGACAUCUUCACCAAUAUGUCUUCUUUUUUAUGUUACCCUACUCCGGGACUCAACUUGACAACAGUUUGGAAAAAGGCACUUUUAAAAUACUAGAAUGAUUGGCAUAGAUAGUGAGACAACAUCAUCCAAUGACGAAUCACAGUAUUAGAACAAAAACAAUUGGUCAUAAGAGACCAUGUAUGUGAAUGUAUUGCACUGAUUUGAAUUCCAAUAAUGGGUAAGAUAUAAAUGUCAGUCCGUCUGUAACAGUCAGUCCGCAACGUUUGACUUUUCAGUUUAGCUAUAGUGACGGACGGUGAAGAUUUAGGUUCACCACCACAGAAACAAACCUAUCAGCUCCUCGAUUCACUGCUGGCACACACAUCAGCAACAACAAACCUAUCAGCUCCUCGAUUCACUGCUGGCACACACAUCAGCAACAACAAACCUAUCAGCUCCUCGAUUCACUGCUGGCACACACAUCAGCAACAACAAACCUAUCAGCUCCUCGAUUCACUGCUGGCACACACAUCAGCAACAACAAACCUAUCAGCUCCUCGAUUCACUGCUGGCACACACAUCAGCAACAACAAACCUAUCAGCUCCUCGAUUCACUGCUGGCACACACAUCAGCAACAACAAACCUAUCAGCUCCUCGAUUCACUGCUGGCACACACAUCAGCAACAACAAACCUAUCAGCUCCUCGAUUCACUGCUGGCACACACAUCAGCAACAACAAACGCACAUGGUUAUUAUGGUUAUUUCAUCUCACUCCACAAUGUAUGUUUCCGCCCACAGUGAGAUCCUGAUCGUUGUGGGACUUGUAAUGCAAAUGUACUGUAACUGCCACAGAACGGAGAGGAUACCACAAGAGCGUUGGGCCAGUAACCGAAAUGUUGCUGGUUCGAAUCCCCAGCUGAUUAUGUGACAAAUCUGCCGAUGUGCCCUUGAGCAAGGCACCUUAAUUGCUCCUGUAAGUCACUCUGGAUGAAAGCGUCUGCUAAAUUAGUAAAAUGUCAAAUUGAAGUUGCUUAAUGGGAAUUACAUUUGCCCAAGACAAACAAAAAUGUUCGGGGAAACAGAUAUAGAGCACUGCUACUUUACUUCAACUCUCUCGCUGACUGGAAUGGGUGACCAAGCUGAUAGUACCAUGCACCAAAUCAUACUUAUUUAAAACCGUCAUAUUCUGCAGGGUUUCACUCACUCACUCUGCUCACCUCGCUAGCCUAUCUGCUCACCUCGCUAGCCUAUCUGCUCACCUCGCUAGCCUAUCUACUCACCUCGCUAGCCUAUCUGCUAACCUCGCUAGCCUAUCUGCUCACCUCGCUAGCCUAUCUGCUCACCUCGCUAGCCUAUCUGCUCACCUCACUAGCCUAUCUGCUCACCUCGCUAGCCUACUCACCUCGCUAGCCUAUCUGCUCACCUCGCUAGCCUAUCUGCUCACCUCGCUAGCCUACUCACCUCGCUAGCCUAUCUGCUCACCUCGCUAGCCUAUCUACUCACCUCGCUAGCCUAUCUGCUCACCUCGCUAGCCUAUCUACUCACCUCGCUAGCCUAUCUGCUCACCUCGCUAGCCUAUCUACUCUCCAUGUUUUGUGACCAAAAUGUACUUAUAUUAUUUAUAAAAACCCACCACCCACCAUGCUCAAGCCAAAACAUACAAGUACGCAAUAACCGCUUGGAAGGCAUCCCAAAUAAAUUGAUUUUGUCCCCCCACACCAAACGCGAUCACGACACGCAGGUUAAAAUAUCAAAACAAACGGUGAACUAUUUGUUAAUUUGAGGACAGGUCAAAAAGCGCUAAACAUUUAUGGCAAUUUAGCUAGCUAGCUUGCAGUUGCUAACUAAUUUGUCCUAAUUUGUCCUGGGAUAUAAACGUUGAGUUGUUAUUUUACCUGAAAUGCACAAGGUCCUCUACUCCACCAAUUCAUCCACACAUAAAACGGUCAACCAAAUAGUUUCUAGUCAUCUCUCCUCCUUCCAGGGGCGGCAGGUAGCCUAGUGGUUGAGCAUUGUGCCACUAACCAGAAGGUUGCUAGAUCAAAUCCCCGACCUGACAAGAUAAAAUCUGUCGUUCUGCCCCUGAACAAGGCAGUUAACCCACUGUUCCUAGUCUGUCAUUGUAAAUAAGAAUUUGUUCUUCACUGACUUGCCUGGUUAAAUACCAUUUUUUUAAAUGUUUAAAUCCAGGCUUUUUCUUCUUUGGACUUUAUAUGGCGAUUGGUGAUACCACGACGACCAACCGAACUAAGUCAAUCUUUCAAUCACCCACGUGGGUAUAACAAAUGAGGAGAUGGCUCGUCGGUAUCUGCUUCUAUACACCAAUAAGGAGAUGGGAUAGGCAAUAAUUGAAUAACAUGUAUGUGUACAUUUAUUUUGCAACGCUUGCACACAUGGCACAAGUGGUGUAGUCAGCAUGUUAGAAUGUUUGUUAUUGUACAGAAGCUUACUAUACAUUUUUUAUCAACGUUAAGGCCUAUUGUGUUCUGGUAGUCCCUAUCUACUGUCCUUAGCCUGUUUUGUUAAUGGCCACGUUCCAGAGCCGACUACAUUAGGUUCCAGAGCCGACUACAUUAGGUUCAAGAGCCGACUACAUUAGGUUCCAGAGCCGACUACAUUAGGUUCCAGAGCUGGCUACAUUAGGUUCCAGAGCUGACUACAUUAGGUUCCAGAGCCGACUACAUUAGGUUCCAGAGCUGACUACAUUACAGACGCCUACCAGAUCUCACAACACCUGAAUAGGUGAUUAACAUAUCAGCUGAUCACAUUCUAUGAUCUAACAAUCUGAUUGAUGCCUAACUACGUAGUCGAUGAGGUGGCUCACAACCAUUGGUUGGUGGUUGAUGAAAUGCAACACCUGGAAUGUAGGUGGCCUGGAACGUGGCAGUUGUCGCUGAAUUUAUGUUAAAGGUACUGGGUGACUUAAUAAAUUGUAACCACUAUGACCACUAUGUCUAUCACAUAGGCCCAUCUCUCGUUGGUAGCCCUGAGUACAUUAUUUGUCCUCAUUUGUCAUUGUUUUGUCUGUAAUCUAGAUUAUAAUUAUUUUUACUUCACAGUAUGUAUCCCCUGUAUCAAAAGUGAUUUACAAAUACAUUUUGUGGGUGCUGGUCUGUACAUUCGAUGAUAGGAACGGAAGUUUUUUUUGGGAUAUGUUUUUAUAUGGAAAUACAUACAGUACUAUGAUUAUUUUUGAAUUACCCAAAAGGAUAAAAGACAUUUUUAUUGUCACUCUUUUGACACAGUCCUCUGAUGGUAAAUAAAUUCCACCAUCUUUAAAAGGAAUUUUGAGAAAAACGGAAUAUUUUUUCUUCUUCAUACAAAUCCACAUUUGACAUGUAUAACAUACGUAAGUGCCUACAAUGAUUAUGCAGUUGUGCUACAUUUUCCUCAAAGAGGAUAAACAACAGAAUUGAAUUGAGUCUGAAAUGUGUAUUCUUGUGUUCACACUGAAAUAAAGUAUUACAAUUUAAUCAGAUUAAAAAGAAUGAUUAAGAUUAUGUGAGAACAAUGUAACUAAAUUAUAGACCACCAAUACAAAUAAAAUACAUUUUUUUUGGUCACAUAUUUAGCAGAUGUUAUUGUGGGUGUAGCGAAAUGCUUGUGCAUCUACUGUAGGUCCAACAAUGCUUGUCCAACAAGCUUGUCCGGAAGCAAGAUGUCAGUGUCCGCGACGUGGCUGGUUUUCCCUUUGUAUUCAUCAAAUCAAAUCAAAUGUAUUUAUAUAGCCCUUCUUACAUCAGCUGAUAUAUCAAAGUGCUGUACAGAAACACAGCCUAAAACCCCAAACAGCAAGCAAUGCAGGUGUAGGAGACCGGUGGCUAGGAUAAUCUCCCUAGAAAGGCCAAAACCUAGGAAGAAACCUAGAGAGGAACCAGGCUAUGAGGGGUGGCCAGUUCUCUUCUGGCUGUGCCGGGUGGAGAUUAUAACAGAACAUGGCCAAGAUGUUCAAAUGUUCAUAAAUGACCAGCAUGGUCAAAUAAUAAUAAUCACAGUAGUUGUCGAAGGUGCAACAAGUCAGCACCUCAGGAGUAAAUGUCAGUUGGCUUUUCAUAGAGAGUGAAAAGAGAGAGUGAUCAUUGAGAGUAUCUCUACCGCUCCUGCUGUCUCUAGAGAGUUGAAAACAGCAUGUCUGGGACAGGUAGCACAUUCGGUGAACAGGUCAGGGUUCAUUAGGGCGGCAGGGUAGCCUAGUGGUUAGAGCGUUGGACUAGUAAUCGGGAGGUUGCAAGUUCAAAUCCCCGAGCUGACAAGGUACAAAGUUGUCCUUCUGCCCCUGAACAGGCAGAUAACCCACUGUUCCUAGGCCGUCAUUGAAAAUAAGAAUUUGUUCUUAACUGACUU